CAAAGAGCAAUCUCUUCUUCAGAACAUUUUGCUGGCAACAUGGUAUCAGUCUGGAAAUGGGUCUUGGCAAACAGAAAUUACUUCAUCAUCUUCCUCACACCUUUGUUCCUUCUGCCCCUGCCAUUGGUGGUGCCAGCCAAAGAAGCAAGCUGUGGCUUUGUCAUCAUUCUUAUGGCAUUAUUCUGGUGCACUGAAGCCCUCCCCUUGGCGGUCACUGCCCUGUUUCCGGUGCUGCUCUUUCCUAUGAUGGGCAUCAUGGACUCAACCGCGGUGUGCAGUCAAUACCUGAAAGACACCAACAUGCUGUUUAUUGGAGGGCUCCUGGUUGCAAUAUCUGUUGAAAAAUGGAAUUUACACAAGCGUAUAGCCCUGAGGGUGCUUUUGAUCGUUGGAGUUAAACCUGCUCUACUAAUUUUGGGUUUCAUGGUGGUUACAGCCUUCCUGUCUAUGUGGAUCAGUAACACAGCCACAACUGCCAUGAUGAUCCCCAUAGCACAGGCAGUGUUGGAGCAACUUCACAGCUCAGAGGUACAACUGGAUAGGAAUCCUAAAGAAAAUUCAAUUAACACCAGCGAGAAAAAGGAGUCUCCACUGAAUGGGAUUGUGAACCAGAGCUUUGAGCCUAAUAGUAACCAAGAACAAGUUUUUGAGAUGAAAGAGAGCAGCUCCUUAGAUCUGACCACCACCACAAGUCAAGAAAAAGAAAACAAUGGCACCGUUGUGGUUGACUUUGAUGACUACAAAAACAAGCAAUUGGACAGACUCGAGAAGCACAUGAAACUCUGCAAAGGCAUGAGUCUGUGUGUGUGUUAUUCUGCAAGUAUUGGGGGCAUUGCCACACUUACUGGCACCACACCCAACCUUGUCAUGAAAGGACAAAUGGACGAGCUUUUUCCGAAGAAUGAUAAUGUAAUAAAUUUUGCCUCGUGGUUUGGAUUUUCCUUCCCAACAAUGAUUGUUUUACUUGCCCUUUCCUGGAUCUGGCUUCAGAUUAUGUUUCUGGGAAUUAAGUUUAAAGAGAAUUUUGGUUGUGGCAAGAACCCAGAGCAGAAGCAAAAAGAGAAGAGAGCUUAUGGGGUAAUCUCCUCAGAACACAAGAAGUUGGGCUCCAUGAGUUUUGCAGAGAUCUGUGUGCUGGUUCUGUUCAUUCUUUUAGUGCUCCUGUGGUUCACACGGGCACCGGGCUUCAUGCCAGGCUGGGCAACAAUCAGUUUUAACAAAGAUGGCAAAGACUACGUCACAGAUGCUACAGUGGCGAUAUUCAUUGCCCUUAUGAUGUUCUUAUUCCCAUCCGAGAUGCCAUCAUUUAAGUUUAAGGAUACAACACAGCCAGGAAAGAAGCCUAAGAUACAUGUCCCACCUCCUCUACUAGACUGGGCCACCGUGAACCAGAAGAUGCCUUGGAACAUAGUCAUCCUGCUGGGAGGAGGGUUUGCUUUGGCUAAAGGGAGUGAGGAAUCAGGAUUAUCAUUGUGGCUUGGGGACAAGCUGACUCCAUUGCAAAACGUCCCACCUGCAGCGAUAGCCCUCAUUUUGUGCCUUUUGGUUGCUACAUUCACUGAAUGUACAAGCAAUGUGGCCACUACUACUUUGUUUUUACCUAUCCUGGCAUCAAUGGCAAAGGCCAUCCAACUGAAUCCGCUCUAUAUUAUGCUUCCAUGCACUCUGUCAUCAUCGUUGGCCUUCAUGCUUCCAGUAGCCACACCUCCUAAUGCCAUUGCCUUCUCAUAUGGACAACUCAAGGUCAUUGACAUGGCAAAAGCAGGAUUUUUUCUGAACAUCCUUGGAGUGUUGACCAUCACACUGGCCAUCAAUAGUUGGGGAUAUUAUAUGUUCAACCUGGGCACCUUCCCCUCAUGGGCAAAUACCACCGGACAACCUUAACCGACCUUCAAUCUAGAAUACAUGGAUAAACAUGUCAGAACAACUGUAAAGUGUCAACAUA